CACAAACGUUGCGGACAGGAGGACGACUGCUGUCUCACAGGUGUCUUGCAGCUAUAAAAUUUCUUCCUGCGAUUCUAAAACUGAAUUUAAUUUGAGGAAACGUCGAGUUGUACGGAGCAACGGUUGGUUCUCGCAUCACUUUGGACUUGGCAGUGUUAUGACCCAUGUGAACACUGUCAAUGGAAAUACAGGCACACGCUGAAAUGUCACAGGGAGACACCCAGGAGCAGAGGAGCAAGGAGAUGGUGGACAACAUCACGGAGGAGCAAUUUCUCAAAGACCUUUACCUUUUCAUGAGGAAGAGAGACACACCAAUAGAGCGCAUCCCACAUCUGGGCUUUAAACAAAUUGACCUCUUUGUGAUGUUCAAGACAGUGCGUGAUUUGGGUGGAUACCAUCAGGUUACUGCUCAGCAACUUUGGAAACAGGUUUACAACAGGCUUGGAGGAAAUCCUCGAAGCACCAGCGCUGCUACGUGUACUCGCAGACAUUAUGAAAAGUUGCUCCUGCCCUACGAAUGUCACAAGAAAGGCAUAAUGAUGAAGAUCUUGCCUCAGCACCAGCCAAAGUUUUUUCACGAAGCUGGUUCCAGCCAAGACAGCAACAGCAGUCCAAAAGGAGUCAAACGUAAACUGCUGACUGGACAGCUACACCCGAACACUCCUCAACUCCAGACAGAUCCACAUGGAAAAGUUUUCCCCGUCGGACUUCACUACCCUCCGUACUUUCAUCCAGGCCCCAUACCGUUGUCCCAGUACACCCCACAUUCUUCUUCUGUUUUGGUUUCACAAAGGCCUCCCUCUCCUGAACCCCCAUUUGUUUCCCUUCCACAUCAUCUAAUCCCAACAGACAGGAUGAAGGAGCCACUGGAGCACUUGCGCCACCUGGCAGAACAGUACAAGAACUCCUCUGGACUGGCGGAGCCACUAAAUCUCAGUGUUAAAGCACCGCGUUAUGAGAUCAACGUGAACCCUACCUCCUCCUUCGCCCCACCUGUAUCUAGCAAGAACCCUAAAUUCUUAAAUAAACCCUCCCCUCUGUACACUGCUCUACAUCCACAGGUGUUGAGAAACGAAAACGAAAGCGAAACACAUGAAGCUGAAGCCGACAUCACGGCAAAUCCUAUUCUGGUUAAAGAAGGCGGGGCAUAUGUCAUCAAUGUCAAAGCCGUAACAGCCACCAGCAGCCCCACACCUGACUGUCCAGCCACAGUUAGUGUAAAUGCAGUCACCACAGCAGAGGCACAAAAACCAAGGUCCCCAAAUCCAGAAUUCUCAAUGCAGGCGAAAGAAGAGGGGGGCACCAUGGAGGCCGCAGGACUCAAUCUCAGUCAUUUCCUUCCAGGCCUACCUCAAAACAACAAAGGCAAGAUGGAAAUUGAAAUUCCACUUUCAAUGCUUCAAAUGUGGCUCAAGCUCUGUGGGCCGUCAGCAGUGAUGAAUGCAGCCAACCAGCCUCCUUGUGGUCUCACACCUGAAAGGCUGAUCACACAGAGAGCCAGCUCGGACCCAGACGUCCUUCCUACCAACCUGUCACGCAGAAUUGGGCUGCAACACUGGGGUCUGUCAGCUCCUGAGGAUCUAAGGCUAAGGCACAAAGUUGAAGCUAUCUCUACACCAACAACCCACACAGCAGCCCACAACAGUACGAGUCAAAUUCAUUUCAACAGCUACAAGGCUUUGUCUUCAAGCAGUGUCCUGAAAAACAAUGUCAACCAGGAGCUCUUUCUAUUAGACCGGCAGGAUAAUGUUGUGUCAUGUAAUUCAAAGACAACAAAUUGCUGGAAUGGCUACGACAAAGACAAUCAAGCCUCCCACAGCCAGGUCAAAUCUGACUUCACCGCUCCUAGAGGUCAGCAAGACUUUCCGGUCUUCAUUGAAAACACACACAGAGAUAGGUUAGAGUCAAACCAUUCAGGAAUGGUCAGAGAUCCUAGUUCUGCGUUGUUGCACCUGACACCUGAAGAAGUCAUGAAGCUAAAAAAGAUCAUCUCAAAGUCAUUGUGAAGACCAUCUGAGAUUUGAGAAGACAGUUUGAGUCAAACUCUCUAUGUUGGUAUUUGGGUCAUUAAAAUGAUUAAUAACAACUUUAUGUUCACAACAUUAAGUAUGCACUAUUGGUC